GUCGAAAAAAUAAACACCAGCGUUGACAUUUGCGUACCUUCCACGUCCGUAGCGGACUGACUAUUAGAAACCGAGGCCGCGCAAAAUGACACGCUGCGAGCGAUCAUCAUGCUCCAGAAAUCUACGCAAUGUCAUAUUCCAUCUUUGACGACCCCUUUCUAAGCGAUGCGAUCACGAACUUCCCAUCACUCAGACUUGAACCCAGCAUAACAUGGGACGGCUUCCGCUUCAAUAGCAGCCUCGAAAGCGGACUCUUCCGGCUGGAUCAAACCGAGCAAAAGACAUUGUCCGGUCUUGACACAGAAAUUCUACAUCUCAAUCUCGAGGAUGUCCCUCUGCCAGAUCUCUCGGCCUCGGCCUCGAUCACCGAUUCUGAUGUCGAGAACGAACCUCAGGAUGGUUCAAAAGAGGAGAGUGGCCAGGACGAGGCUGCCAACAUCUGGAAGUUGCCUGAGGUAUUCCAGAAGAAACCUCAAACCGAAUUGAUAACCUGGGACACAUUCUUGGACGAACGCCAUUCGGAGCCGGUGUCAGGCUAUGUCAGCGAAGCAGGCGCGAGAACAUAUCAUGCUAUCUUCCAGGUUGCAGGGGAGAAUGUAUCGACACGGUCAGUAAAGACUGAUGCGCUCCUCAGCGCGCUUUUCGAGAUGGCCAUGGGAAGAAGCUCUGCAGUCUUUGUCUGGACUGAAAAAGAGAAAAGGUUCACAAAACACUUAACACAAAUGGUGGCGGAAGAUUAUAGCGCGAGUAUUCUUGAGGCCUUAUUCGAGACCAUCGCAAGAGUUGGCAUAACUACCAAACUCCUGACUGAGCGAAUCGAAAUCUCAAUCGACCACUUCUCCCCAUCGAGGGUAGCCUUCUUCGGCGCCGCGAAGGCAGCCCUGUACACAAUCCACAAGUACCUUGAGUCUUAUAGACAACAGGUACUGUCAUUGCUGCAAUUAAAGGUCUUGAUGGGAAAGAUUGGAAAAUUGGUUACCACAAUGGGAGAAUGUACUGAGACUGUCCGGUCUUGCAACACUGACAAGGCUAUUAUCUCUGUUUUGAUGGCCAAGGCUGCAGAUGUAUCUAUCAGACAUCCUGGUGUCGGCAAAGUCAUGCAAGCUAUCUUCGGAAGGGUGUGUCGACCUCUGCUCGAACAGCUGAGUGAGGAUAUCGGUCUCAGUCCCUUACGAGAUAGCGACUUAUCUUCCGAUAUUGCUUCGGAAGCUCAGCCGUUUGUGGAUGGACUUUUGAACCGAGACCAUUCAGCAACAAUCCUAGAAACGCAGCAGAGCUUGACAUUACUGAGGUCACAAGCUUCUCAAUGCCCUCUCCUGUUACCUUUGGUAGGCGACCGGACAAAUACAACAACUCUCGAGCUUGGGUACACCUUUCAUACCAUCUCAGAACUUCAAAAUCGAGCCAGUUCAUACGAGACCGCGAGGGAAUCACUGCUUGUCGCGGGAGCAAGGUCGGGUCCCGCCGUCCCAGGCACUAUGCCGACCGUUCGAAAUUUCAAUGCGGACGACCCUGAUGUUGAAGAAGCAAGGUAUGGAGAUCCGUUUCAUCUUGAUCUGGAGCUUUUUAAGUUCGACGUCGCCUCAGUGCCUGCCCUCGAACAAGACGACUUGCACGAACAGAUUCUCUACUGCCUCGACAGUCCCAACGUCGACAAUUCGCCAUUCGAUUUGGACAUUGAGCAGGCGUUGCCAUUGUCCAUCACGCCCCUCAUUUCGGCGCAACACCGGCUCCUAUCCUACGCUGUCCUCGAGUUGUUGUUCCAACAGCACCACCUUCUCGAGCAUAUUAAUCUCCAAAGGCAUUUCCACUUCCUCGGCCACGCCUCCUUCAGCUCGAGAUUAGGCAUAGCUCUAUUUGACCCUGACCAGACCAGUGGAGAAGGUCACAGACGGUCAGGUGCUUCGACAGGUCUUCGUCUUCAGGCCCGAGAUACCUGGCCGCCCGCAAGCUCCGAGCUAAGGCUAGCGCUCAUGGGAAUAUUGUCAGACAGCCUCGCGACAACAGCAAACCGCGCUCUGGAAGGUUCGAUGUCCUUUGCCAUCCGGGAUAUGACAACGGAUGAGCUGGAGAAGUGUCGAGACGUCGACUCGAUCUAUGCCCUGGAUUUCCUGCGCCUUCAAUACAAGCCGCCAAAUGACGUUCUGGGAAGUGUCUUUCCACCAGACAUCCUAGAUAAAUAUGAUCGAGUAUUUCAGCUGCUGCUGAGGAUCCUGAGAUUGCAUAAGUUGACGCAAACUAUGCUCAGAGAAGGUGACGGCGAUCACAAAAUCAUGUUCGAAAUGCACCACUUCGUCACAACUCUGGCAGGUUAUUGCCAUAACGUCGUGAUAGAUCUGCACUGGCGCAAGUUCGUAGACAUCUUGCACAAUGUCAAAUUGCAUAUUGACAGGAAAGAUUAUGAGCGUACUCUGCGCACGGUCAAGAGUCAAGAUUAUCUGCGAGCGUUGCAUGACAGAACCCUUGACAAUAUCCUUCAUGGCAUGUUUUUGAAGAAGAAGCAGUCCUCUCUUCGACGUUUGCUUCAAGACAUUUUCUCUACAGUACUUCGGUUCGCUGCGGCAAGACGGAAAGAAUCGCUCACAUCCGAAGAAAGAGAACUGCCAGCUCAAUUCAGAAAUCAAGUCAGGCAAUUUCUGAAGGGAUUGCGAGUUGCAAGUCAGACAGACUCCGCGUCGUUUCAGGAUGGUGUUAAUGACGACGAGAUGAAUGAGCACGCGAAUCUGUCCGAAUACCUACAUCUCAGGCUGGACAUGUCUGGAUACUGGAGUGGGAAGGUAACUGGUGCAUUCGUCGCCGAUGUGUUUGUAUGAACAUGUGUAAGACCAACGAGCCGCCGGGGCAUCUUGUACGAUAACGAUUUGCUGCAUAAUUCAUUAUUAGCGUGUAUGAGAUACCCUGCAACAGAGCAAUUGAUGAAUACAAAUACUAUUGUCUGAGGCAGGCAAUCUACUACCUACCUAGGUAGAGGCUAAGUUAGCGCCAAACAAGCAAAAACAAGCACAAGACCAAUGCUUAUUUCUUGCCCCAUCACUCGAUCAUAGGGUGAAUUGGCCGGUAAGACGGGACACUCCCUGGUGACUGGGCAGAAGCCUGGAAAGCCGGUUGAGUCCAGACUCGGACCCUGCAUUGCUACGCGCAAAGCAUUCGUCAUACUCCGACCCAUGGCAAGCCUGAGGUCGUGUGAGGAUGAUAAGGACGAAGCUGAGGUAACGCGGGGUAAAGACUUCGUUGAUAAGGUGUUGAUGA